AUGUUGCCGCCACAGCAGAAGACGCAGCAGCAGCAGCAGCAGCAGCAGCAGCAGCAGCAGCAACAACAACAACAGCAGCAGCAGCAGCAGCCGCCGCAUGCAAUUCAGCAUGUGUCGCAGGAACAACAACAACAACAACAACAACAGCCGCGCCAGACGCGCCAGCUGCAAGCCAGUGCAGAGCCGUUCAAGCCAAAGGAUGUGAUGCCGGUUGCAAAUGCCAUGCCCAGUGGGGAGAGUGUCGUGCCGGGGCAUCCACCGAUUCUGAUUACACCCGAGAACGUGCGGAUCAGUGACGAAGAUGUGAGCUUUUUUGCGAAUCGCCUGGACGCGUACAGAGGCGCGCUUGCUCGCACGCUCGAGAAGAUUGUGCAGGACGCCAAGAUGCCACUACAGCGCAUAGUGGUGGUCGCCACGGUGACGGCGUGCAGCCUCGUCACGAAGGACUUUCUGCUUGACCAAGACAUGGGAGGCAUGCUGCGCGCGGGCCAGUCAAUGGCACGCUCAUUGGCGGCAAACCUUUGCACCGUCACCGUCCGUGAGAUCAUGAUUGAGCCGUUUAACAGGCACGUCGCUGUGCUGGCGGAGCACUUCAUCGACGCCAGCGUCCCCAACGCGGCGGAGCGGCGCGACCGACUCUGCAUCAAGGUGCGAGAAAACAACAUGGAGUUGUGCGUUCGCGUGUUGGAGUACCAGGCGGCGGAGGAGGCGGAAAAGCGCGUGCACGACAAGCUCAUGCAGACGGUGCGGGAAAAGCUGGAGGCCAUUAAUGCCCACGAGUUUCCACGCAUCCCCAACGAGUACUACGCGGUGCAGGACAUAUUGUUGCAGAUGGGUGAGGUGCUGCGGCCCCCGCGCAAUGUUCCACCGCUGCAGCGGGCAGUGUACGAGGAGUAUAGAAACAACGUUCCCAUCGUCGGACUACUGGCGACGUUCCUGAGCACCAUUGAGGAGGCCACCGUGGCGCACUACUCGAAGGAGAAUUGCAAGACCCUUUCCCUCACCAGCCCCGAGUUUAGGAAUAAGUUCCUGGAGGACAGCCAAGACACCAUCCGGGCGCGCGUGAUUAACAUCUCGAACAUGAUUACGAGUGACACGGCCUUUUACUGCGUGGGCCACCUGCUGAACAAGCUGCUGGCGCUCUCGGAUGCGAUGAAGCAGAUGGAGACCAACGCAGCCAGCAUGGACCCAGACACCAUUCGUCACAGAAACGUCUGCGAGUUCCUUAACGAGGUCUUCCUCUUCGUUCUGCAGACCUGCUUUGAGCGCGGCAAGGAACCCGUGCGGGAGGAGCUGACGCGGCUCUUUUUGCAGGACGAACGACGCUGGCGCGACGCCGACCUGGUCACCAAUCUGCUGCGCAUCAGGGUCAUCAACGUGGCGAAGCUUGAUGAGGUGCUCUCCAAGGCAAUUGAGGAUGCCCCGAUGUCGGGGCCGGCGGUGGCCUUUGCCGGGAGCAUUAUCAGGAAGGCACUCAUCACGGAGAAGCUCAUAGUCCCGAAAAACAUGAAGGACACACUGGCACAACUAGAGAAGGUGGCACACCCGCAGCGGGCGGCGGCGGACAAGCAGCAGCAGCCCCACUUGCAGCCGCAACACCCACACCACCACCAGCAGCAGCAGCCCACGCAACAACAGCAACCCCCGGAAGGCGCCGCGGCGGCCGCGGCGGCAGGAGGUCAGACCCCACCGGUAAUUGAUUUGUACCCGUUGCUUUCCUCCCUGGUGCCGCCGCACGUCCGGCGGCUGGUUGUGUUGUCACAAAUGCAGCACGACCCAGAGGAGGUGGAGAAGGUUCGUCGCCUGUUUGAUGAGUGGAUGGAGAUCAACGGUCAACGGGCACAUGGGACGUCAUCGGAGACUGCCACCUCCGCCACGACCGCGUCGUCGGGGACGACGCCAAGCAGCAAGAACCCCCCACAGUACGAGUACAUUUUGACCCUUCGCAAGCAGGGACAACUGGACACCCACCAGCUUGGAAACUUCCUGAGCCUUUCCAUCCGCUUCUGCGUGGAGUACUACGCCACGAAAACGUUGGAGCUGGAGCGCGCCAGCCCGUUGCCGACGCAGAAUGCCUUAACGGCCGAGUGGAAGCCCGGCAACGCCCCUCCGCACCGCUACCCCUACGAUGGCAGGGUCUUUGCAAAGGUAGACGCGUUUUCGGAUUUGGCGACGGUGCUGCUGUACUACUGCUCCUUAAAGAACGACACCCGCCAGCUUCUCUCCCUGCUGCGGCGUAUUCUGGACGCCUUUCAGCGCACCCUCAUCGACCAUCACCAGAACGUGGUGGCGCAGCUGCAGCAGAAGCAGCAGCCUCCCUUCACCAAGCCGGAGCUUCCCGCCGACACAGCCUUUGUGCCUGUCUUCCAGCAGCAACCGUAUGUGCGUUUUUUCAGUAACCUCUUCACGACGCUGGUGCGCGCCGAUGCCCCGAACCGCGAGACGACGGAGCAGGUCACUCACGUCUUUGCGGAGUUGCUGCACCGGUUGUCGCCGAUGAAGUACCCCGCAUUCGCCUUUGGAUGGUUGGAGCUUGUGAGCCACCGCAUCUUUCUCAACCGCUGCCUGCGCACCUUGGCGCUGUGGCCCUACUACGUUUCCUUGCUGGUACAGGGACUGGAGUUUAUCGAGUACUUCACCCGCGACGGGACGAUUCCGAAGAACGUCCUCGUCUUCUACAAGGCCUUCUUCAAGCUGAUGCUCGUUCUCACCCACGACUACUCGCGCUUCCUCAUCACCUACCACUACCAGUUCUGCGACGCCAUUCCGCCGUACUGCGUUCAGCUGCUCAACACGGUCUUGUGCUCCUUCCCGUCUGGGGUGAAGUUGCCGGAGUUCUUCCUGCGCGUGCCGGACGACAGCCCCGAGAUGCGGAAGCCGCUGAACACGGAGAAUCAGGUGAAGUGCAUCGAGGAGAGCUUCUUGCUGCACGGCUUCGACGGCAGCCAGUUGGCGGAGCAGAUACGCGGCGAGCGCCCGAUGGAUGAAGCUUACAUGCGGGGCGUCGUGGAGAAGCUGCAGUCACUUAACACCUGGCGUUUGAUGAACGCCGUCGUUCUCCACGUCUGCAUCGUGUACCUUGAGCAGACGGAGCUCGUCAUCAAGCCGGACUUCGCCGAGUCCAACGCCAUGCAAUUCUACCGCUACCUCGCCGUCGCACUGGACCACAAGCACCGGUACCACUUCCUCUGCUCCUGCGCCAACCACCUUCGCUACCCGAACUGCCAGACGAACUUCUUCGUGAAGGUCGUCCUGCAGUUGUUCCUGCCACACCCGUCGAUCCGCAACCCGGCAACGCGGCUCUGCAUCCAGGAACAGAUUACCCGCGUGGCGGUGGAGAAGACUCUCAUCUUUCAGCCGCACCCGUGGGGUGUGCUCAGCACGUUUAUGGAGCUCAUGCGAGCGCCAGAGUACGGCUUCUGGGAGAAGAGUUUUAUCAGCUGCACAUCGUUCCUAGAGAACAUGUUCCACAAGCUGCGCCGCUCUGUCGAGAACCGAAACGCACAGCAGCAGCAGCAGCAGCGACAGCAGCAGCAGCAACAACAGCAACAGCAACAGCAGGCACAGCAACAGCAGCAGCAGCAAGCAGCGGCGGCAAAGAAGGCUUGA